ACCGAGCUGUAACAAUGCUAUCAAGUGGUCUAGUGAUGGUCGGAUUGCUACAGCAACGAACGAAUGUGUCUUCAUCACGGAACUUGAAUAUUCCCCGCAUCAGUUGGUGUCAUCGUCAAGUUGUCACAUCAAGUAUAUACCAGCAUGGAAGGAGCAGCACAAUAUGUCUGGUUUGAAUGAGAUUGAAUAUAGAGACCUUCAGGAUAAAACUAAAUCUCCAGAUUUAAAGCAGGAACUGGCUCUUGAUCAUACAUUAUGUCCUCUUGUGAAGUCAGCCUCACCCCACACUGGCUAUCGGUCAUUGUGUUGGUCACCUCUGGGUGGAGACUCUCUUGGCAGGUGUAUCCUGACAACCCUCUCACAUGAUCACAGACUGCUAAUACACAGCACUAAGGACAGUCAGUCAACCUGGAAUAUGGUAGCUGACCUGUCCAGUUUAUACCUGGAGAGUACUGAGUGGAAGACUGGUGACCAGAUUGACAUAGAUGGCUUGAAAAUAAAGAUGAACAGUGUGUCAGCUUUAGAAAUGGCUUGGACCACAACAUGUACAGAUUGGACCUCCAUCUGCUCCACAGAGGCAGCCAUCUUGUCUGUUGCUAUGAGAAAUGGUGAUAUUCUGUUGUGGUCGAUCAAGUUUCCAUGCCAAUCUCAGAAGGAUUGUACACUUCUGAAGAAGUUGACCUUAACCGCAGCAUAUCCAUCAGGAAUAGCAUGGUCACAGACUCCAGUUACCAUGGCAAAAGGUAAAACUGUGGACUAUAUGGCUGUCGGGUACCAGAAUGGAAGUGUAAUCCUGACAGGAGUCAGCUUACAGGACGGGGAUAUUGUGUCCUCUCUCACCCUACAUGAUGAGAAAGAUUUACUGGCAGUGACAAAUAUUAAUAUGAAAAUGAUCUCACAGGACCAGCUUCUGGUGUUAUUUGCUAAAGAAUACUACUUGAUGGCUUACAUAGUGAAAAUUACUGAUGGCAAAAUGUGUUUACUCCAUAGUACUCAUAUACUGGUGGAAACCAGCCUUGAUAUAACAGCUGUGUGUUACAAGGAUAAGACUUUACUUGUGUCUACCUGUGAUGGAUUCCUGUUUAAAGGCAGUGUUAAUGUCUCAAAUAAAGGUGUGUCUAUUAGCCUUAAGCAAUGGAAUACAGACUUCACUACAACCAAUGACAACAAUACCUGGCAGUGUUACGGUGUAGACGUGUCAGACAAUAUCAUGUUAAUAGGUGCCAUCAUAUCUUCUGAAAGAAAGGAUUUGGGGACAUUUAAAGUGAAAAUGUUUAGGAAACCCAUGGAACUGCACAUCCAGCCCUUAUUACAGACAUCUGAUGAACUAGAGGAUUCACAGAGGAGGGUAGAGACGGCGAUGAAUAACAAAACAGUUCCCCUGACAUGGAUGGUGGAUGUGAUGGAGACGUUCCGUAUACACUUGUGGCAGGGAAAAGACCUGGCAUCUACAGUCACUACUCAUAUCUCUAACCCAGCCUCUUGGUACACUCUGCCACUCAAAAUACUUCGAGUUCUCAG